AUGUCACAUGAUCAGCAACCUCUAAAACGGUAUACUGGUUCGGUUGGUGGUGCUUCGAUUACUUUAAUUGGUGAUGUCUUUGCUGAAUCAACUGAUAGUGCCCUCAUUACAGCACCUCCUAUGUUAGUUGAUAAUGCACCAGAUACAUCAGUUGGUCCAUCGUUUAAUUUCCCCGCUGCAUCAACUAGUUUCCCUUUUACAUUAGCUGAUAACGUCCAUGAUACAUGUGUUGAUGAUGUCCUUACUACAUCAGUUGGUGACGCUCUUAACAUAUCAAUUGGUGGUGCUCUUAACUCGUCAAUUCGUGGAACUCUUGCCACGUCAAUUGGUGGUGCUUCUGCUAUGCCAUUUCAAUUAAGAAAUACAAAUAUAUCUGAAGGUCCGCAACAUCAAGAAAUGGCAAUCGUUGCCUCUCAGAGAAACUUUCAGGAUCUAACAUCCGUAUUAAGUCAGGAAUAUCAACAGUGGAGUUGCUGGGAAGAAAGAAAUUACCAACAACAUUGGGACAAUCAACGUGAUAAUGGCAAAUAUAAUUGA